AUGCCGGUAGAUGAAGCUUUUGAAACCUACAAGGGUCAGGUGAAAUCUACCUUCGAAUUUCUCACAGAAAAGGAAUCAGACAUCCUGGAAAUGGAGCAGGAACAGAAAGAGAACAUUUCUGGAGUUCAGGAAGAGUCACACAACCUUCAGUCACAGGUCACAUCCCAGUUUGCUGAACUGCACCAGAUUCUCACUGAGAAAGAGCAGCGCUUACUCGGAGAUAUCCGGGAAGAAGAGGCGAAGAUUGUAAAAACAAUGGAGAAAAAUCUUCACGAGAUUCAAGAGAAUUUAAAUUCCAUUCAGAAGGAACUCUCAAAGUUGCAGGAACAGAUAGACCACAAGGACGGCGUGAUGUUUCUGAAGGAGGAAGCUGGUCGCAAGAGCAGGGUUAGUGAUGAAACCAAAACAAUGUUGGUGGUAGAUGGCGCGUUGCCCAUUGAAAAGUUUGAUCGCACCUUUUUCUACAACAUGGCAUUGAGAGAAACAUCUGAUAUCAUCAACCGAGUCUCCGUCACCCUGGAUGUGGAAACAGCGCAUGCGCUGCUCGAGGUAUCUAAGAAUCGGAAGAGGAUAGUACGCCGCAUCCCUGGCGGUGACCCGGUCCCGGUUCCCUCUGCUCAACGUCGCCGACUCCACGCGGUACCGAAUCACCCCCGAGUCAAGCGGCGCGCUGGGCUGGAGGAGAGAACGUGA